AGAAGAGUAGUAGCAUAAAGCAUUGAGAAACCUUUUAGGGUUACCGCGAAAUUGACUGGAGCUUGCUUUAGCGAUUGCGUCUGUUUGCUCAAACAAAGUUCCAACUCUCUGAAUCGUCCUCGAACCCUCACUGCAAUUCCUCUAUAGCGCGAGGAAGACGAUUCAUCUAUGGCGGACGUUGAAAACCAGCAGGAGUCCUCGUUUCCAGUGAAGCGGAAGCCGGAUCUCUAUUGCCAAGACCAGGAUAAUGUGGCAAACAAGUCUCAGAAGCUUAAUCCCUCGUCGAAUUCUGCUGAUUCUGAGUCCAAAGACGGAGAAGCUAAUGGAAGCGGCGUCGAGAAUCUGAAUUCUCCCACCGAGGAAAAGAUAAAGACAGAAUCAUCGAUUUCGCUGGAGAAAGCCGCUGCUUCUGUGUCCGAAAAGGAUGAGAACGAUCUAGGAGCUGAGGAGGAGCAAGAAAGUGGAGAGGAAGAGGAAGACGAGGAGGAAGACGAUGAUGAAGAAGAAGAAGAGGAAGAGGAGGAGGAUUUGAUUAAAGCGUCGAUUGACAGGAAAGGUAAAGGCAUCUCGAGAGAGGAUAAGGGGAAAGGAAAAUUGAUCGAAGUGGAAGAAAGUGACGACAGUGAUGAUGAUGAAGACGACGAAGAUGGGGAUGAAUACGAUGAAAGCGAUUUGUCCGACGAUCCUUUGGCGGAGGUGGAUUUGGAUAAUAUCCUCCCGUCGAGGACUAGGAGACGAUCGAUCCAGCCUGGAGUUUACAUCUCCAAUGACCGUGGUGGUAACAACGAGGAUGGUGAUAGCAGCGAUGAUAGUGACGCUUAAACCUAGCUUACGAGGUUAGUGCUAAGAAGUCAAGAUUUAGUUCCUUUGAUUCGAGAAUUUGUCUCUCGUCAGUGAUUAUUGUCAUAAUCUAUAAAUGUUUCGAACGCUUGGACCAAAGUGGGCUAUUUAUAUCUAUGAUGUUAUUGCAAUUCAACUCAA